CUUAUGCUCUUGAGUUUAUUCAGCUGCUUGUAACUUAGUCUUUGAGUUGUUUUUACUUUACUUAGGAACGGUUUCAGAUGCUAAAUGCUAAAUCCAUAGUUAACCCCGCCAAAAAGCUGUAUGUAUUUUGAUGUUCACACACAAGAGAGUCUAAACACAGCCCCUUUUCCUGGAGGAGGAGUUCUCUCCUUUCUUUCAGUGCUUGUGUCUGUGCUAGGCAGACCCAGUUAUGCUGAAGGAGGGCUGGCUGUGGAGGCUGGGUUCAGGACUGCUGCUGCUCUGGCUGGGUGCCUGGCUGAGGCCUGCGGAGGGUGGCCGGGUGCUGGUCAUGCCUGUUGAAGGCAGCCACUGGCUCAGCAUGAAGGUGUUGGCGACCGAACUGGCCCAGAGAGGCCAUGACAUCCUCUUGCUGGUGCCUGAGACCAACAUCUUGAUCCAGAGUUCAAAGCUCUUCCGCACCGAAACCUUCCCGGUGGGCCUCUCCAAAGAGGAUCUGUCCACCAGUUUGAAAGGAUUUCAGCAGGGGGUGUUCAAGCGUAGUCCUGCGAUGAUGGACAUCAUUGUCCAACUGCAGCGGCUGAUGAACUUCACAAAUUCGCAGGUGCAAGGAUGUGAGUCGCUGCUUUACAACAAACCUCUAAUGCAGAAGCUGAGGGAGGAGAACUUUGAGGCGGUGCUCACCGAUCCCUUCUUGCCAUGUGGACCUAUUAUUGCUACCACUCUAGGUGUCCCCGCUGUCUACUUCCUGCGUCUACUACCUUGCGGCCUUGACUUUUUGGCUUUACAGUGUCCUUCUCCUCCAUCCUACGUACCUCGGUUUCAGUCUGGCAUUACUGACAAAAUGACGUUUGUAGAGCGCAUUCAGAAUUUCGUCAUGAGUGGCGUGGAGCUGGUGCUGUGUCGAAUUAUGUACGCCAGUUUUGAUGAACUUGCUGCAAGAUACCUGGAUGCAGAUGUGACGUACCUGGAUAUCAUCUCCCGCGGAGCUAUAUGGUUGUUUCGAUAUGAUUUUACAUUUGAGUUCCCCAGACCUCUCAUGCCAAAUAUGGUCCUCAUCGGGGGCAUCAACUGUCACAAGAGUGCCUUACUCUCCGCUGAGGUGGAGGCAUUUGUCAAUGGUUCUGGAGAGCAUGGUAUUGUGGUGUUCACUCUGGGUUCUCUGGUCUCUUCCAUGCCAAAAGAAAAAGCUGCCAUCUUCUUCGAGGCUUUCAGUAAGAUUCCACAGAGGGUUCUGUGGCGGUAUACGGGUGAGAUCCCUGAUAAUGUCCCUGAAAACGUUAAGAUGAUGAAGUGGCUUCCACAGAAUGACUUACUUGAGACGCUGCUGUAGAAAAACGCAGAAAAGGAAGGAAGACUGAUCGUAUGGGGAUAAAAAAAAAGUGGUAUUUGCUUAUAAAAGCAAACAUUUUCUACAUCUACCGUUUCAGUUUCACUGACUUCCAUCGGCUGACAACUGAGCCAAAGGGUUUUUUGGGUUUUUUUUUUUUUUAAAGCUGCAGUUUUGUAAACAGGGAUCACACAUUCAUAUUUUGAAGCAGUUUCAUGUGUAAAUAUUUUGUUUCUUACGAUAUUAGUUUCACAUACUUUCAUUUUGAUAUCGCCAACCUCUACUUACAGUGCCUAUAAUUGUAGUCAAUAUCAUAUAGAGUAUAAUUUUUAUUUACUUAAGGCAGUUCUUAAUGGACCUUAAUCAGGAAGGAUAGAUGUUGAAUAUAAUACACAUUAAAGACUGUGAAACUAAAGUAUAAGCUUGUCUAAUUUUAUAACCGUUGUUUGUUUGUUUUUUUAUUUCAAUUGAAGUAUUCAUCUUCCAUGUUUCAUCAACUUAUGAUCAACACCAAUGCAUUUUUCAUCUGAACUGAAUUGCCUAAACUUUUUCCAGUUAUCUUUCCCCCCUAGAUUUUUCUCUUGUUAAUUUUGCUCCUAUGCUCAAUUAAAUGAUAACGACCAAUCAAUUUUGUAUGAAAGGAACAUUUUUGUUGUGCACUUGUAGCCUCUUGCUUUGUGAAAAAUCACUCCUUGAACUGGAAAAAUAAAAUCCUAAAAUAUGAA